AUGAAGAUUCCGCAAGGUUUUUCUGACAAGGAAGAAACUAGAGUUUGUCGGUUAAAGAAGUCAUUAUACGGUUUGAAGCAAGCUUCUCGUACUUGGUACCAAAAGUUUACAGAUUCUUUGUUAAGGCUUGGUUUCAUACAAUCAAAGGCAGAUCACUCCCUUUUUACCUACAAAGAAGGUGAUAAAUUUGUUGCAAUUUUGAUAUAUGUUGAUGAUGUUAUUGUUACCGGAAAUUAUGUGGAUUUGGUCGAGAAAACCAAGGCAUAUCUACAUACAAAUUUUAGCAUCAAGAAUCUUGGUCCUUUGACGUAUUUCUUGGGGAUUGAAGUCGCCUACACGGAUGAUGGAGUUGUUCUUAGCCAACAUAAAUACUCCAUGGACAUUCUUUCUGAUUGUGGACAACUUGGAUGUCGACCCAGUGCUUUCCCUAUGGAGCAAAAUUUAAAGCUUGAUCAAUGUUCUGAAGGUCAUAAAGUUGAUGCAACCCUUUAUCGUCGUCUCAUUGGAAGACUACUCUAUCUUCAAGCCACGAGACCUGACAUUGCUUAUGCAGUAAAUAUUCUCAGUCAAUUUGUUUCUGAUCCUAGAGAAGAUCACAUGAAUGCAGCGAUUCGAGUGCUUCGGUAUAUAAAGGCUACUCUUGGACAAGGUAUAUUUAUACCGAAAAAUGGUGGUUUUGAUCUUGUUGCUUUUUGUGAUGCGGACUGGUUGGGAUGCCCUUACACUCGACGAUCCCGGACAGGUUAUUUGUUACUUUUAGGAGGCGCUCCUGUGUCUUGGAAAACUAAGAAGCAAUCCGUGGUCUCACGUUCUUCCGCAGAAGCGGAAUAUCGAGCUAUGGCCACCACAGUUAGUGAAGUUCUUUGGAUGAGGUGGCUGCUCAAAGAUUUUGAAAUUAAUUUAACCGAAGCUACUCCUCUUUAUUGUGACAACGAAGCCGCUCGACACAUUGCUAACAAUCCAGUUUUCCAUGAGCGAACCAAGCAUGUUGAGAUGGACUGUUUUUUGUACGAGAACGAGUUGAGUCUAAGGAAAUUUUACCAAUAUAUGUGGCGAGUAAACAACAGGUUGCAGAUUUGUUCACUAAGCCUUUGGGAACACAGGUGCUGCGUGAUCUACUUGACAAGCUGGGUAUUCGCAAUCUUCAUACUCCAGCUUGAGGGGGAGUAA